AUGACAUGCUCCCUGCCGUACAAUCCAGAAAAGAACCUCGAAAGCUCGGAGCCGUCGCCGUGGACACAUAGACCGGUGUGCACCAGUCCCAAGACAAAAUCCAGAUACUGCGCCUUCGUCAAGGAUGACUUCCACGGCGACUCGGCAGUUCUGAUCCUCACAUCCCCAGAGACGGCAGCCGGAGAUCUCGGUUUGAUCGAGGACGUCGAUUCUCGGUGGCUCAGCCCGGGUUCUUCUUCUCUGCCGCCGCGGAUCCCGCCCUACGAGGUCCGGAAGAUACCCGGGAAAGAGCUGGGCGUCGUGGCCAACUUGACAAUUCGCGCCGGGGAGGUCAUCAUGCGCGACUACCCGACCAUCUUACAGACCGUGUCCACAGAAGUGUGGGAGCAGAUCGACCCGAGAGAGGCGCUGUGGGUUCUCGAGGAGGGCUUUGUGCGAUUGCCGAGGGAGGUUCAGAUCAGAGUCUUUGAGCUCGCGAGGAGUACGGGCGGGCAUGUGCUCGAGGACGUUCUUCACACGAACACGUUCGCGGCCUCAUUCAACAAUGUCAGCCACUAUGGGCUUUUCGCAAACAUUGCGCGCGGUGACUCGGUACUCUCCACGAACGCUCGCCUUGGAGGUAGUGGCGUACCGGGAUAUUCAGCCAGGAGAAGAGCUGAGUAUCAGUUGUGA